GACCCAGAGCCCACACAGAUUAAAGAGGAACAGGAGGAACUCAGGAUCAGUCAGGAGGAAGAGCAGCUUCAAGGGCUGGAGGCUGAUAUCAUAGAGUUCAAAUUUAUACCUUCCUGUGUGAAAAGUGAAUGUGAUCAGGAGGACCCACUUCAGUCAUUGACUCUUCCCCAAACCCAGACUGUGGAGAACAGAGAGAGUGACUCUAAACCAGUGGAUCUCAAACCUUUUGGCACUGUGACCCACCUAAAGGGUCUCUACAUUCCCUGUGACACUCCAGAUAAUCAGAACAAUGCCUCCAGCCACAGCUCAGCCGUAAGCAGCGACACAGUAGGACUUGACAGCAGUCCACUAUUGGAUCCCAGCCUAACAUUGGAUCGAAACUCACCAAUGGGUGAACACAGUUUCAAACCCAGCACCAAGUCUAGAAAUACUCACUGCUGCUGUGACUGUGGUGAAACGUUUGCCCUGAAAGAUGACCUGCAGAGGCAUGUGACUCUCACCAAGAAGAGACUCGGUGAAUGCCACUUCUGCAAAAAACUCUACAACUCCACCUGUAAACUGAAGGCCCACGUCAGACUCUGUCAAGGUGGGAAACCCUGCACCUGCCCUGUUUGUGGAAAGACCUUCAAACACAAAGGAGUUCUGUCCAAGCACAUGAGGAUUCACACAGGAGAGAAACCAUUUAGCUGUGGUGACUGCGGGAAAAGCUUCAAUCGGGUGAAAACAACGAACAGAAAACCAUUUAGCUGUGGUGACUGCGGGAAAAGCUUCAAUCGGAAGGGGCACCUAACCCUGCACAAACUGACUCACACAGGAGAGAAACCAUUUAGCUGUGUUGACUGCGGGAAAAGCUUCAAUCGGAAGGGGCACCUAACCAUGCACAAACUGACUCACACAGGAGAAAAACCAUUUAGCUGUGGAGACUGCGGGAAAAGCUUCAAUCGGAAGGGGCACCUAACCCUGCACAAACUGACUCAUACAGGAGAGAAACCAUUUAGCUGUGGUGACUGCGGGAAAAGCUUCAAUCGGAAGGGCCACCUAACCAUGCACAAACUGACUCACACAGGAGAGAAACCAUUUAGCUGUGGUGACUGCGGGAAAAGCUUCAAUCAGAAGGGGGACCUAAGGAGGCACAAACUGAUUCACACAGGAGAGAAACAACAUGGCUGCUCAGUCUGUGGUAAAAGAUUCACUCAGAAGACUAAUCUGUUGAGGCAUGUGGAUAAAGUCCACAAAGAAAGGAAACAGGACAGAAACUGAAAGAGGAAAGAACAUUAGGACAAAGAGAUUGUCUGUCAGGUAAGUGAAUAUAAAGGCAGGAUGUGGACAAAUCUCUUAGGAAGCAACAGCGAUAUGGCCCUCAUCAAAUAUGCAGACGACAUGGCUCUGGUUGCUUGCCUGGAGGACAAGUCCAUCUCAAGCUACUCCCAGUCCAUUUACUGCCUCUUGACGUGGUUUGACAAUAUCUUAGGAGCUCAGUCGGGGUCUCAACUUACUAUUGAAAGUAAGAAUAGUAGAAUACACCAGGUGCAAUUUAGACAUUUGGUUGUGAGUCAGCAGUUUUUUUUUCUUAUGUCAGUCACUGAUAGUCACUCAAUUAGCGAUGUCAGCUAACAAUUUUUAGAUUGGAAGUUAG